AUGGUGAAAUGCCUAGUAAAAAUCCAUACUCGGAGGAGUAUCCAUUUGCGAAUGGUUAACCACUGUAGUAAAGAUGUGUGCAUUCGUCUGCUGAGGCAUGGCUCAAGGAUCACAGCUAAAAGUGCUGGAAUCCAGCUGCCAAAGGAAGAUGAUAUUUCACUCCCUGUGAUAUCAAGCUCUCCUACUAAAGAAACAGAUGAUGGUUCAGAUCUUUCGGUUGAGGAGGGUGAGAAAAUCAAAGAGGAGCCUUUAACGAUUUCAGAAUUGAUGUACAAUCCAAGUACCAGCUUGCUCCCAACUCCUGUUAAUGAUGAGGAGAUAGAUCUUCUCUUUCAAACUUCCCCAAGGGUAGAAAAUGGGAAAGAAGAUACAGAUUCAUUUGAGGAACUGGAGGCGGAUGAAAAUGCAUUUUUGGUUGCAGAGGAGGAAGAGUUGAAGGAAGCUCGAAAAGCACUUCGGUGGAGCUAUGACUUUUUGAUGGGUAACUUGAAGAUACACUCUGCUGUGAAGAGUUUUUCCAGACUUCUUUUUGUUGGGCUUGGGGUGUUGCUUGUGGUUUUCCCUCUACUACUUGUCCUUUUGGAAUCAGAUCUUGACAUCUCCUUCCUCCAUGAAAUCCGCCAAACACCAGAAUUUCAGCAGUUUCACAUUGAAUAUUACUGUCCUCUCAGACAGUGGAUAGCCUGCAAAGUAGACUUCAUUAGCCAUUUGUUUGGCAGCUCUUAAACAUAAAAAAUGUGCAAAACUAAGGGCUAUAUUCAAAACUAGUGAAUUUUGGUCAGUAUUUAGGUGCUCAUAAACAUCCUGCAGGUUAUCUUCAAUUGGUUCUUUAUUUUGAUAGACAAUAACUUCAAAAUUCUUACAUUUACUUUUCAUAAUUGAAUAAUUGAUGUAGUAGUGGCCUUUAAGUAACCAAAAAGCAGUCUUUUUUAUUUUCUUUCCUGUUUUUAUCAGUAAUUACUGAAGAGAAACUAUCAUUUCUAUCAUAUCAAGCUACGAUGUCCUAAUUUUAAGCAUUAACUACAAAUAGAAGACGAUGCUUUUGAAUAUAUUCCUUAGUAAAACAAUAUCUACUAACCAAUGCCUAUAUUGCUCGGGUUUUAUUAUAAUUUUGUUUGUUUGAUUUUUUCAUUUAAAAAUAUUUUUAUGUCUUUACAAAUUUUGGUAAAUUUUUAGCAAAUGCAAUUUCUGAAAAUAUUUAAAUGUACAGAUGAAUAAAUGCACAAGGACAUAUCAUGAAUUUUUAAAGCAUUUUAGCAUUUUUAAAAAACACUAAUAUUCUUCAAGAUAUGCACAAGAUGAAUAAUUGGAAUGCAAGAUAGAUAUGUCUGAUAUAUGGCAGUGAAAGACUAAUUUUUCAAUUAACAAGUUUAAGAGGAACUACACAUUAGGACAAAUCAGGUUAACCAUGAUUUGCAGGUGAGACUUCCAUGAAGGGAGAAGAUACUUACUCCUUUCUUUGUACAUUGCUUUUUUCUGUAUGCACAAUCAGAAUAGAAUAUUUGGAAGGGUAUUUGCAGAAAAGAAUCAGUGGAUGCAGAAAUGAUUAUGAAUUCUUUCCUGUCCGUUGAACCUGUCCUGGAUAUUCUUCAUAUCCCUGCAUUAAUAUUAAGAAGCAGAUACAUGAUCAGUAUAAUGUAUAGUAUCACAUUACAGAAGUUGUUCUGAAACUAAAGAGUGGGAUAUAAUUUUCUCAAGAUGGCAAUUUGCAUUUUACUUUGAUACACUCAUGAAAGUUCUUUGAAAAGUAGUGGAAGUAUAGUUUUGCGGGAGAUUUAGAGAUUUUGUUUUAGUGUACAUGAUUGUAAGUUACAGAGAAAUGGUAAUUUUUUUUAAAAAAAGAUAAAGCUAAGCUUACUAAAAUACAUAACAAUUUAAAAAAUUAACCUGUUUCCAAAGAUAGAGGAAGUUUCUGUGAAAAACUUCUGUGAAUUUCAGACACCUGAAAAAAGUUAGUUUCUGAUUAUAUUCAUUAUUUUUCAUUAUGAUAAAUCUCGGAGUUACAAUUCCAUGCAUUAUUUUUAAGCAUGCUUUCUUACCAGAUGUAAACAAUGGAUGCACAUGAUUUAUUUAUAAAAAGUGUUCUUUUGACAGUGGCGUGUUGUUAUCUUUGUUGUCUUGAUGGAGAUUUUGUGCCUGUGUAACUCCAAACUCUUUUUAGAGGAUGUGACUAAAAUCUUGUGUAUUUAGAGAAGACCAACAUUUCCACAUGCCCAAUUUUCAAAUGUAAGGAAGUAGAAGCAGAAGAACUAAACCGAAUAGCCAAUCUGGAUUUCAUAAAACAAAAUUCACUGUUUCCCUUUCCUAACUACACCAGUAAUAGGAUGUUUACCCUGAGUCCUAUACUUGUUUCCUUUGAAAUAUGUUUAGAUCCUAGUUCCAGAUUAAUGAGAAUAAGAUUACAGCCUUUUGUUUCUUGUUCUAUUAAAGUUUUAGAAUUGCUAUCUAUUACUACAAAUUAAUAAAAAAAAAAUUAAAUAAUCAAGUAAACGUAUGGAGUACUUAAAGUACAUUUUAAACUCAGUUUAAAACUUUUAAAAUAUUUUUUUAUUUACAUUUCCUAUUAAAAAUAGUGCAACAAACCUAAUCCAUAUUUCAUCUACCUUCUAAUAUAUAAACCUUUCUAACUAAUUCCCAUGUAAUUCCCAUGUGCUUAAUUAAAACUCAGAUUGUGUUUGUAAUUUGUAUUAAAAAGAAGUAUGCAUUGUAGAAGAAAUUAUGAACUCCUGAUUUAAAAAAGUUUGUAUUCUGGAGUUCUCACAAUUGCUAAGUGCACAAGUUUUAAACUAUAUUUCUUUUUUUUUAUAUAAUUGAUUAGUUGAAAGGCUUGGGUAAUUUCCCUUGCAUGUAUUACAUCAUCUAAAAAGUAAAUUUAAAAGGUUUUUUAGGGCAAUGUUUUCAAUUAAUAGUAAAUAUAUGAAAUGUUUUGUGACUGAAACCAUUUUAUCUUUAAUCUGUUUUUGAGCUCUUCCUUUCCUUAAUUACUCCAUUGCAAAAAAUAUUAUUUGGUGCAUAUUUAAUCCUUUUUGCAACUUUGAGCUGAAUCAAGAACCCAGUCAGGAGGCAUCUAUUGUUGUUUUCCAAAACCAAAAUGACAGUAAUCUUAGAGAUACAUAGUUAUAAAAGUAGACUAUAUAGAUAUUGCAAAUAUUAUAAUAGCAAUAAAUCCAAACCCUUGUCUUGGUCUGCUGGGUAUUUAUAAAAUACCAAGCUCUUUAAUGAUAGAUUCUGGAUUCUAAAAUGUAGUCGUCCAUGUACUAUUGCUCCAAAAUCAUUAAAAACCUUUAUUAGUAUUAGUUAAUUUGAUCUGGGAAAGAUUGAAUUGUUUGAGGAACUAAUUACCUCAGAGAAUAAACUGUGCAAUAAGGAUAUGUAUACAGUGAAUGGCACGUGCAUGUACAUGAAGGGAUAGAGAUAUAUCAAUCAAAUUGUGAGGGCUUUUUUCUAGAUUCUAGACACAGAAAUGAGAAAAGACUGAAGAAUAUGUACAUAAACCAGAAGAGUCUUGUCUGCAGAACUGGAAGUAACAGAGAUGGCAUGUGAAGAGUUCGUAGGUGCAGUAUUGUGUAUUUCUGUUUGUGCUUAGACUAUAUUGUAGAACUGUACUUGACAUAUAUUUUGUGAUUUGUUUAAUAUUUAUAAACAAACUCUGGGAAGAAUUAAAUAGGGAUUAUUUCUCUGAAAUGCAAAUGGGCAAGAAUUCCUGGCAUGGGUAGGGUGGGAAAUGUACCUGUAAACUUGAGCCUUAUCUUUGUAAAGUGAAUUUAACAUUUCUAUGUCCACAUCUUGAUUGUUUUAUAUGUUAAUGUAAUGA